UAAAUCCAGAUCUCAGGAGAGCAGGCACUGAUGCCAGGAUGAUGGGCUCCGGUACCAAGGAUGCAGGUUCCAACGCCAGGGUGAUGGGCUCCAGCAAGGGCUCCAGUACCAGGGAUGCAGGCUCCGAUGCUGGGGUGAUGGGCUCCAGUGAUGGCUCCGGUACCAAGGAUACAGGCUCUGAUGCUGGGGUGAUGGGCUCCGGUACCAGGGAUGCAGGCUCCGAUGCUGGGGUGAUGGGCUCCAGUGAUGGCUCCGGUACCAAGGAUACAGGCUCCGAUGCUGGGGUGAUGGGCUCCAGUGAUGGCUCCGGUACCAAGGAUACAGGCUCCGAUGCUGGGGUGAUGGGCUCCGGUACCAGGGAUGCAGGCUCCGAUGCCGGGGUGAUGGGCUCCAGCGUGAGCACCGAGGCUGGGCAGGCUGGCUGCGACGCUGGCACCGAUGCGGAGGCCGUGGACUCAGACACCAGGAGCCUCCCUUUGCCUGGUGGGAUCCCGGCGCUGUGCCCAGAAGCUGCGUUCCAGGGCCCCGAGGCCGAGCCCUACAUGCAUUUCCUGAGGAACCACCACUGCUAUGCCGCUGUCCCCACCAGCUCCAAGCUGCUGGUGUUCGACACCACGCUGCAGAUGAAGAAGGCCUUCCUUGCGCUGGUGGCCAAUGGGGUGCGGGCCGCCCCCCUCUGGGACAGCAAGCAGCAGUGCUUUGUGGGGAUGCUGACCAUCACGGAUUUCAUCAACAUCCUGCACCGCUACUACCGGUCCCCGCUGGUGCAGAUCUAUGAGCUGGAAGAACAUAAAAUUGAGACCUGGCGAGAGGUUUAUCUGCAAGGCUCCCUGAAGCCCCUGGUCUCCAUCUCCCCCGAUGACAGCCUCUUCGACGCCGUCUACCACCUGAUCAAGAACCGGAUCCACCGGCUGCCGGUGAUCGAGCCCGUGUCCGGGAACGUCCUGCACAUCCUGACGCACAAGCGCAUCCUCAAGUUCCUCCACAUCUUCGGAGCCAUGCUGCCCAAGCCACGCUUCCUGCACAGAACCAUCCAGGAGCUGGGCGUGGGCACCUUCCGGGACAUCGCCCAGGUGCUGGAGACGGCGCCCGUCUACAUGGCCCUGGAGAUCUUCGUGGACCGCCGGGUGUCGGCGCUGCCCGUCACAAAUGAAGCCGGGGAGGUCGUGGGCCUGUACUCCAGGUUCGACGUGAUCCACCUAGCUGCCCAGAAGACCUACAACAACCUGGACAUGAGUGUACGGGAGGCGCUGAAGCGGCGAACGGUCUGCCUGGAGGGGGUGCUCACCUGCCACCCCCACGAGACCAUGGGCGACGUCAUCGACCGCAUCGUAAAGGAGCAGGUCCAUCGCCUGGUACUGGUGGACGAGAAGAAGUCGUUGCGGGGCAUCGUCUCCCUGUCUGACAUCCUGCAGGCCCUGGUGCUGUCGCCCGCAGGUAUCGAUGCUCUUAACUCUUAAGCCCGCGACGCUCCGUCCUGUCUCCAUCUGCACCCUCCAUUUCCUCCGCUUCUCUCCGGCUCAGGCAUCAGCCGGCAUUCGCUCUGAAGGUGCCGGGGAGGGCUGCUGCCACGACUGUCUGGAUGGCCCCUUGGUGCUGCCUGGGGGAGGACGGCCGCAUGGGAGGCCAUGGCGGAGCCUGGCCGGUGACUCCACUUCUGGGACUGUCUGUGCCUUGGGGUUGCUCUCUCUGGGAGCUGAUGAGCGGCAGGACACGGGGAAGCCAAGUGGCCAUAGACACGGAGCUGCCCCCUGGCACGCGCCGGGACUGCGCUUGGCUUGGAACCUGGCCAGGCCUGGCCCAGGGAAGAACCGCCAGGCCCCACGGGGCUGGGGGCAGCCGUCACGUAUAAAGCAAAGCUCAAGUGACACGGGAGACACCCGCAAAGUCCAGCCCCGCCACAGAGCUCCCGGCCCCCCAGCCUCCUUGCAAGGCAAAGCGCGUCUGUCACCUCAGCUCCGGUUCCGCCCGGCCGCUCCCUCUGGCGCUGGAGCUGGUGUAUAUAACGCCCCCGAGGAACGAGACUAAAGUGCCCCUUUCCCCGAUGGCUUCCACCCCUCCGCUGUGUUGGCAUACUGCUUUGUUAGUGCAGGGGGUUGUUAUUGUAGGGUCACUCGGGUGUGC